CACACACACACACAGAGGGAGAGGGGAGCGGAAGAGAGGCAGAAUCACAGGAAAGCGAGUCUGUGUUUGCGCGUUACGCUGUUUUUAGCUCGUGCGUAAAAGGCGCGAAUCAAAGUAACGCGCUGCUCGUGUUCUCGUUUUUUCCUCGCCUGGACGUGUUUGUGAAUGUGUGUGUGUGUGUGAGUGUGUGAGUGUGUGUGCAGUCCGAUGAUCAGACUGGACGUGAAUCGGACUGAAGACAAAGAUCGGACUGUGCUCCGUGGAUCUGCUUUUCCUCUGGAAAUCACCGCGACUCCGUGUUUGUGACGCGCAGGAGAAUCGGGGAGAAACCCCGUGUUCACCCUCAUCUUCAUCACCUUCGUCACCGCUGCUGUGAUUUGGUUACAGUCGCGUGCAGCUGCUCCUGCUCCUCAUUCAGUCUCGUGUCUUUUAGUUUUCUGUUAUUUUUCGAAAAUGCGGAGGAAACUUUUUGAGGAUGAAGAGGAUCAGCGGAGUCUUCCUCUGGCUCCUCAUCAGCAGCACGUCUGCUGGCUUUUGUCUCAGUAAAUGUUGCGGAGUGAGCGGACACGAGCCUGGACCUGGAUUAUGAUGACUGUGCACUGAUGAAGAUGAAGAUGAAGAGUGUGUCUGUCGCUCACGGUCUUUAGUUUAUUCCGCUGAUUGUGUGAAUGAUUCAAACACGGAGCCUCGUGCUGUUGUGACGCCGUGAACCUCCGCCCUCAGCCCGGCUGUGAACCGGAGCCUGGACUCGCUGUGAGUGAGUGAGUGUGUGUGUGUGUGUGCGUGCGUGCGUGCGUGCGUGUGUGUGUGUGUGUGAGCAGCAGACAGACAGACAGACAGACAUCCAUCAUGGAGGAGUGGAGACAAUGUGGCCGCUGGUUGAUCGACUGUAAAGUUCUGCCUCAGAACCACCGGGUGGUGUGGCCCUCAGCGGUAGUGUUCGAUUUAGCUCAGGCUCUCAGAGACGGAGUUCUUCUGUGCCAGAUGUUACACAACCUGUCACCGGGAUCCGUGGACCUGAAGGAGAUCAACUUUAGACCUCAGAUGUCACAGUUCCUGUGUUUGAAGAACAUCCGCACGUUUCUCAAAGUUUGCCACGACAAGUUCGGCCUGAGGAACAGCGAGCUGUUCGACCCCUUUGACCUGUUUGACGUCAGAGACUUCGGCAAGGUGAUCUCUGCUCUGUCGAGGAUUUCUCACCACAGCAUCGCACAGAACAAAGGCAUCAGGCCGUUUCCAUCAGAGGACACUGCUGUAAAUGAAGAUGACGUGUAUCGCAGCCUUGAGGAGCUGGCAGAUGAACAUGACCUGGGCGAGGACGACAUCUACGACUGUGUGCCGUGUGACGACGAUGGCGAUGACAUCUAUGAAGACAUCAUUAAGGUGGAAGUACGACAACCCAUGAAAAUGGGAAUGACAGAAGACGACAAGAGAAACUGUUGUUUGGUGGAGAUUCAAGAAACUGAAGCAAAGUAUUACAAGACGUUAGAAGACGUGGAGAAGAAUUAUAUGAUUCCACUCAGGCUGGUCUUGAAUCCACAGGACAUGGACGCCAUUUUUGUCAACCUUGAGGAUGUGAUCAGAGUCCACUCUGCCCUUCUGCGAGCCAUCGAGCUGAACAUGGUGACCGGAGGAAGUGGUCUGGGCAAGAUUUUCCUGGACUUCAAAGAAAGGUUGUUGAUCUACGGUCAGUACUGCAGUCACAUGGAAAACGCUCAGAAGACACUGGACGCGUUAAUAGCGACGCGAGACGACGUCAGGAUCAAAGUCGAGGAAUGUACCUUGAAAGUCCAGGAGGGAAAAUUCAAGCUGCAGGAUCUGCUGGUGGUUCCAAUGCAGAGGGUUUUAAAGUAUCACCUACUACUGAAGGAACUUUUAAGUCACUCCACUGACCGACCAGAGAGACAACAGCUGAAGGAGGCACUGGCAGCUAUGCAGGAUCUGGCCAUGUACAUCAACGAAGUGAAACGCGACAACGAGACACUGAAGAAAAUCAGCGAAUUCCAAAGUUCUAUUGAAAACCUUCAGCAGGUGAAACUGGAGGAGUACGGGAGGCCGAAGAUCGACGGAGAGCUGAAGGUUUCUUCCAUCGUCAACAGAACCAAACAGGACCGGUACAUUUUCCUCUUUGAUAAAGUGGUGAUUGUCUGCAAGAGGAAAGGUUAUAGUUACGAGCUGAAAGAAAUCAUCGAGCUGCAGUCGUACAAAAUGUCCGACGACCCCAUGAACAACAGAGAUGUGAAGAAGUCGAGUGGAAAAAUGUGGUCGUACGGCUUCUACCUGAUCCACCUGCAGGGGAAACAAGGCUUUCAGUUCUUCUGUAAGACUGAGGAGACAAAGAGGAAGUGGAUGGAGCAGUUUGACAUGGCCAUAUCCAACAUUAAACCAGAGAGAGCCACAGCCAAUCAGCACAACUUCCAGAUGCACACGUUUGAUCAGAACACCAACUGUCGAGCCUGUAAGAUGCUGCUGAGGGGGAUCUUCUAUCAGGGUUAUUUCUGCUCUCGCUGUGGAACAGGAGCUCAUAAAGAGUGUCUGGAAAUCAUCACCAUCUGUAAAAUCAAUCCUCAUGACUCGGAACCUGGGAUGUCGUCAGGUAAGAGCACUUCCUGUCAUCACUCAGGUCCUAAGAUGGUGGCCGUGAGGAAUUACCACGGCACGCCGGCGGCGCCGGGGAAAGCUGCGCUGUGCUUUCAGACGGGAGACUUCAUCGAGCUGCUGAAGGGAGAUCCUGACACCACGUGGUGGGAGGGGAAACUGAUCCAAACACAGAAGAGCGGCUUCUUCCCCAGCUCGUGUGUAAAACCUUGUCUGGACCCAAAGCCAUUUCAGUCUUUAUCCAGCCGACAGUCGUCCAGGGAAUCAGACUAUUAUGGAUAUCCUUGGUUUGCUGGAAACAUGGAGCGACAACAGGCCGACAACCUGCUGAAGUCCCACAGCAGCGGGACGUACCUGAUCAGAGAGAGGACGGCCGAGGCCGAGAGAUUCGCCAUCAGCAUCAAGUUUAAUGAUGAAGUCAAACACAUCAAAGUGGUGGAGAAAGACAAUUGGAUUCACAUCACGGAGGCAAAGAAGUUUGAAAGUUUGUUGGAGCUGGUUGAAUAUUAUCAGUGUCAUUCACUGAAGGAAAGCUUCAAGUUGUUGGACACCACGCUGAGGUAUCCUUACAAGUCGAGGGAGCGCUCACUGACACGGGCCAGCACGAGGUCACCAGCAGCUUCCUGUGCCUCCUACAACUUCUCCUUCCUCAGUCCACAAGGCCUCAACUUCUCUUCUUCUCCGAGCUCCGCUCCCUUCUGGUCAGUCUUCACCCCUCGUGUGGUCAGCACAGCGGUGGCCAGAUAUAACUUUGCAGCUCGAGACAUGAGGGAGCUGUCGCUGCGAGAGGGCGACAUCGUGAAGAUCUACAGCAAGAUCGGAGGAGACCAGGGCUGGUGGAAGGGAGAGGCCAACGGACGAAUCGGCUGGUUUCCCUCGACGUACGUGGAUGAAGAAGGAGUUCAGUAAAACUCAGACCCUUGCUCUGCUGCCUCGUCUUUUUUUCUUUUUUUAAAAAAAAACAACAAAAAAUAAAAAUCCGGAACAAUCUUCUACCUUCUGUUCUCAGAGAAAACUCUGCCCAGGAAAAUCACAGCAGGAAGAAAACCAGUUGUUUUCUGUGGAAUUCUUUCUAGUCUGUUUCUCUGUCUUCAAUUAUGCAUCAGCGUCGCCUUCCUGCUUUUCUUUGUCUUUCUGUUGAUUUAGUGUCAGAGGAAAGAAGAGUUUGCUGUUUGUUUGUUUGACUGAACUGAACACACAGAAGAAGAGGCGCCCCCUGCUGUUGCAGUGAGGUGGUGAAAUAAUUGUACAGUAUAGAUAAUUUAUUGAAUAGAGAUUAUUAACAUGAUGAAUGAUUAUUGUGGUGAAGUCGAUUUUAGCAACAGCAGAAAAUCAAAGGAGGAAAAAAAGUGAAAUUAGACAAAGGGAAAAAAAAAAAAAAGGAAAGAGAGAUGCUCUGUUUUCAUGUGGAGACUUUUUGCCUUAGUUGUCAUGGUGACGCCUCAUGGGCCGACUUUUACUUCUCCACACACACACACAUACAGUACGGUGCCUUUGAAGAACGGUCGUUUCUCACUGAACCUCAACAUCAUCAUCGUCGUCGUCGUCUUCAUCGUCUUCAUCGUCUUCAACGUCCCUCGUUAAAAAAACAAACUAAGAAUAAAAACUGUGGACUUUUAAAGGACUGAGAACUCACUGAGGACGACUCACAUUCUGAGGCCUGGAAAACAAACUCCGCCCCCUCCUCCUCCUCCUCCUCCCUGGAGACUGGACUGGGGGUUUUUAUAGCAACCACCCCACACACACACACACACACACACACACACACACACACACACGCACACACAGGUCACAUGACACAUGAAGACAUUCCACUCCACAAACCUUUGUAAUCUUUCAUCAGUUUUGUUGUUUGCACAGAAUCACAAAGUUAUUGACUGAUUCUUUUUUUUUUUAGUUGUGAAAACUGGACAAUUAGUUUUUUUCUAAUUAUUAUUUGAAGCCAAAUUCUGCCACUUUUUAACGUGUGCAUGGAGUUUGUUGUUUGUUGUUUGUUUUUUUCCGUAUGUUGUGGUUGCCUUAUUUUUUUAAUAUUGUUUUUUUUUUACAGUUGAUCAGGUGAUGGGAUUUUUUUUUCCUGAAUAUUUUUUUACAUGUGUGAAAACCACGUUGGUGCUUGAUCAAAUCUGAAGGAAGAAGUCAAAUAAAUCCACAGGAUGAGCCUUUAAGUUUGCAGCGCUCAGUGUUUCCGUUUUACUUCCACAAUCUUUUUAUUGAUUAUAUGAAAAUUCACAUGUUGACACUUGAAUCCUGACUUUUCCUGAUUUAUUUUCAUCUCCUUAUAUUCUUAAACAGCCUGAACUUUAACCUUCACAUAUUUUUCUCCUACUCGCAGAAAUCUGUUCUAAAAAUAUUAAACUGGCUGUUUUUAAUUCUUCAAAAUGUAAAAUGUCAACGCGAUGAUUAAAAAAAAAGAAACAGAAGCAACAAAGUUUAAAAUCAAUGUUUUCAACCCACUGAGAAGUAAAGUGGAAACACUGAGCUCAGCGUCGACUUCUGUUUCCUCUCGACUGUCGUCAUGCGGAACAGGCGGGGGGCGGGCUUUGGGGGGGAGGGGUUUGUAGUCGCUGUGUAUGUCGUGGACAAAAACCAUCGCAUGUCGCUGUUGAUAAGUCAACUCCUGUCAGUACAUCCUCCAAAAAAGUACUUCAUUGUGUACAAUUUUUUUUUUGAAAGUAUUUCCAAAUGAGGUCUAUCAUGAAAUAAAUAUUUCUCUUUUGUUUUAAAAUAGACUGCAUUUUUUAAAAAAGUACAAAAAAUGAUAAAGCUGCAACACUUAUAACUUCUUACUUGAGUCGUGAUCUACAUCCACGGGAAAUUUCAUCAAAAUCCGUUUUGAACUUUUCGAGUUGUGCUCUUUUAGAAAGUAUUGGUCAUUAAAGCUGUAGUAUGUAACUUUUAAAGAUAAACAAACAUCAUUGUUUCACUGUGUUCACUCAGUGUUGAUA